AUGCAUGGUCAAGCUUUCCUUGUUCCCCUUUUGAUGGCACAGCUCUGUGCUGCUGAAUCCAUAGAAGUUGAACACACCGGUCUCUCGAAAUCAACGUUUAUCUUCUUUGGCGUUGCCUUGGUCAUUUUUGGCGGUAUUUUCUUGGUGAGGGCUUGCGAAGAUGAAUUCAGAAAGAAACCCACUGACGAAGAGUCCGCUGAGAAUGAAGAAGUCUCUCAAAAAGCUUCAUAUGCUACAGAUGAUGAGAAGCAGGAGUUUUUGGAAAAGCCCCAACGUAGGGCGCCAACCACGAAAGAGUUGGUUUCUGAACUCAAGAUGUGGGUUGGAACAGCGGGGGUUUUGGCUGUCGCCGGUGUGAAAUACUUAGCUGCUUACUUAUUGUUGGUCAACGCCGGUAACACCGCCCCAGCUGCUGCUGACAUCAAGAAGGUCUUGGAGUCCGUGUCCAUCGAGGUCGAGGACGACAAGGUCGAGAAGCUCUUGGCCGAGGUUGAGGGCAAGAACGCCGAGGAGUUGAUUGCCGAGGGUACCGAGAAGUUGUCUUCUGUUCCAACUGGUGCUGCUGCCGGUGGUGCCGCCGCUGCCGGUGGUGCUGCUGCUCCUGAGGCUGCUGCCGAGAAGGAGGAGGAGGCUGCUGCCGAGGAGUCUGACGACGACAUGGGCUUCGGUUUGUUCGACUAA